GCCACGGGCCGGGACGGGGAGGGCGUCAGCCGCGUCUGCUGCUAAGCUCCGAGCUCGCAUUUAUUCUAGGCCCGGAAUGGCAUCUGCCAAAACAUAUUGUGCUCUUGCCUUGGAAGCCUGGAUGGGUCCAGAUCCCAUAUUCUCCACUCCCCACGGUCCCAUUUCCAAUCCUUUAUUCUCUUAUCUUUUAGCUCGCAGAUGCAUUUUAGCUGGUGGCUUGCUUUCGAUACCAGAGUGGGGGUAGAGCUAGUUUGGCCGGGGCUUACCGAGCUUCCCCCAUGUACUCGACUCUGGCUCCGUUUUCGUCGAGGGCUAAACUUUGCACCGGGAAAAAGUACGAGGACGUGAGCUUGUUGCCGUGCGGGGAAGAGACUCCGGGGGAAGGGAGCUAAGCGUCAUCACUCCCCUCCGUCUCUAGCUUAGCCCCCACUCUUCCACCUGUAAAGGCGGGGGCUAAUAAGUUUAGUCUGAAUUGCAGAUUGUCCUCUUGCAGGGCGGACCAUUGACUCCCCGAGUGUUCUAAAGACCGCCAAACGGGAGAUCCCGGCUUCGAACGAUGGGGAACAGCGAGAGUGGGAGGGGGGCAAGGAAUCAGAACACAAGUGGUGAUCUUUGUCAUAUCCAUCGGUAAGCCCCAGUUAGAUGCAGUAGCUUCUUGACUCUCUUCCCCCCCUAAGAAUCGCCCUCAGUUAAAGCCCCGUCACCCUCCCUCCCUCCCAGCUUGUCCCCUUUCCCUCGAUCUGCUCUCCCGAGAAGUGUUGCCCCUGUUCCCACUUCGGCAGCUCGGUUGUCUUCCUGCCCCUCAAUGCAGCCUGCUUCUUCGUCCGCACACAGUAGGGAGAGGGCUUAUUUUGCCUAACCCCCUUCCCACCCCUCACUGGUCUGGUCUUCCGGCUCUGGUCUGCGUGCAAGUGCUACAAAGUGCUAAGAACACUCAUCGCCCUUUUUCGGUCCACAGAUCCGUCCAGCACCAGGUCCCGAAUCCGGGCCCCUCUCUCUCUCUCUCUCUCUGUCUCCUCCGCAAUCCUGUUCCCCUGCAUCAGCGUCAUCCUCCUCCUAAUCGUUGGGCCCUGCUAAGCCCCCAACCUCCUCCUCAUCGUCGUCGUGGUGCUUGCUCCCAUCAACAACCCCCCGUCGCCGGUUUCUGUGUCGAUCGCUCGAGCUAAAGUGCUUAGCCGUGCCACUUCCGGCCACCCUCGAUCCUCUUCCCCGGCGUGGCUAGCCAGACGGGGCUUCCCAAUCUGCGAGCCUCCUCUAUCUCGGUGGCGCCUCCGGAUUGGAGCACCCUCGGAGCCCCCUGGGAGCCCCCCAUCGUUGGCCGCAGAGUUGUUGGGUCAGCGACAACUAACAGAGGGGCCAGAGUUUCGUCGCCCAUAGCCAGCCCAGCCCAGCCCAGCCCCUGGGCCGCAAAAGGGACCGACCUCGGACCUCACUCACCACGCCAGCCAGCCAGAGCAGACCGGACCAGAGCAGAGCAGACCAGAGAAGGGAAGAGAAGAGCAGAGCAGAGCAGAGCAGCAGACCUCACCGCACCGCACCUCACCUCACCUCUCACCGCACCGCACCUUGCUUCGCUUCACAGGCUCACUGCACCCCGUCUCACCUCACUCAGCUCGGACCUCCUCCUCUGCUCUGAUCUGCUCUGCUCUGCUAAGCCCUGCCUCCUCUCUAGAAGAGGAAGAGGAAGAGGAGCUGCGUGCGUGCGUGGUGAGCGAAUUAGUGCGCGCGAGGGAGUGAGUGAGUGAGCGAGCCGCAGAUUGACGACGACGACGACGACGACGCGAACGCUAGCAGUCGAAGCAGUGGGCGGGUGGGAAGGGGAGGGGAGGGGUGGGGGGCCGGGGGCGGGUCGGGCUGCGGGGGGUAUUGUGUAGCUUCGAAGGUUUCGCUCGACCAUACAGCAGCAGCAGAAGCAGCAGAAGCAGCAGCAGUGGUAGAUGUAAUAGUCGGGCCGGCUCGAGAGCCCUUGGUGCUCGCGCGGAGUCUUGAUAGAGCGACGGGGGGUCGCCGUUGGAGGGGAGGGCCUUGUGCAGGCAGCCCCAGGAUGUCGGGACUCAUGGAGAUGGAGGGAGAGGGAAUGCGUGGAUGAAUGUCGUGAGGCAGCAAGAGGAAAGGAAAGGAAGCAAGGAGGCGGGAGAAGAAAGGACGAGCGGACGAGUAGUAGGUUGUUGUUUGGAAUCAGAUCCCUGGGUCAGGUCGGACUGCGACCGCCCCCGUAAUUUCUUGGGUGGUCUCUCCGGAGGUAGCACCGCCAUCAUCACCACCAUCACAGCCCCCAUCAGCUCCUACUCCCGGCAGGGCAAACGCAAAUUUUUAAAUUUCGAGAGUGUCGCGCUAGGCAGAGUUUGACCGCACUCGACGACGAGAGCGAGAGCGAGACGGACGAGCUUUGUAUCUCGUUCUCUCGGCAGCUGUGUCUCUCGCCCUCUCUGUGUUUCUCGCCCGCCCCGUCUCGGCAUCGGUCGGACGGUGUGCUCGUCGGCAGCGACGAGCUCUUUCCGAGCGGAAAAGCUGUGGAACAGCUGGGCGCUAGUAGCAUUUGGAAGAAAGUGCAUCAGCAGAGUGAUCCAGGGUCGGAAAUUGGCCAGAUCUGCAACAUCGGGGAAGUUAAACCUUAUUGAUAAUCAUAUGGACCUCUACGGGAGCUCUCCUUUACAGUAUUGGACAUCCACCAAGGUUUCCUGCCCUUCCACCACCACCACCAUCACCACUCUCUUCCCAUAGGGGGCUGGCUCGCUAGCUCGUGUCGGGACCGUGGUGUUGCGGCUCGCCUGUCUGCGCUCUCAGUCGUUAAGUGUACAAGUUUUUUGGUUUAGAUUGCCGCUCGUAGCAUCAUUCUUUGUUAGAGUAGUGAAAUUCUGCCUCGUACAUGAGCUCAAGUGAGCCCUCGAGCUCAGGGACGUCAGCACCUGGGUCAAAUUUUUGUCACUGAGAGAUUUCUUAUCAUUGUAUCGGACCGUCUUUCUUGAUAGCCCGGGGGCCCAUGCACUGUUGAACGAGGAAGAUUCAUGGAAGGAGGCGAAAUGAGUGGAACGGGGGUGGAAUUUGGGCAAGUGGUUUUGAGAAAGCCCACGCCCUCCAGGCCUCAGUCGAGUAUGCGAGGUGGGCCGGGGGAUAUGGGUAUGUCGUUGUUGUCGCAGGGAUUCGCCGAGCACGAAUCCGACAGGUCUUUCACUCACAUGUUGGCAGGCGCCACUUCGCCGCCCUCGUCCGAGGAUGGCAAGGGCGGAGGCAUGGAUUCCGAUGGGAUGAACACCGGGGUUCGAGCUUUAGGUGGCGGAGGAGGCAGCUUUGCCGGUCGCCUACUCGCCAGACAGAAGGACUUGGCAGAUAUGGGCGGCGGCAUGGGCGGGGGCGGACUCCUCAAUCAAGCCAAGAUCAUGCCUCCUUCGCGGAUUGCCAUGCCCCAGCAAAUGCCAGAUUUUCAGCAGCUCACAAUUCCUCCCGGCCUCAGCCCCAGCCAGCUCCUCGAUUCGCCCGUCUUUUUGGCCAACCAUCAGGCAGAGCCAUCUCCGACUACAGGCACAUUUCCUCUGCCCCCAUUCUUGGCCGAGCCACCGAAGGAUAAGAACAAUGAUCAAGGCAGCACUCCUGGCUUCGUAUUUAAGCCUUUCCCCGUCAGCGCGAUGCGAAAUCCCAUGUCUCCCCUCAGCCAAGGACUGGGCCAUCAAUUCGGAAACUCGCAGCAAAUGCACCAGACUCAGUCACAGACGCAAUCUGGAGGACAACAAAUGCUGUCAAACGUGCAAUCUCUAGGAGGGCAUGGUCAAGGAAACAACAACAACAACAGCAAUCCAGGAUCGAGCUCGGCCAUGCCCGUGGCCGUGGCCUUGAGCAUGCCGUCCCCGCCCACCAGGCAACAACCGGAGAGGAGCUCGGAGUCUCAGCAGACCCACUCGCCAGAGCAAGAAACUCAACCGCCUCCUCAACAUACAACAUACAUUGAGCGACCCUCGGAGGAUGGCUACAACUGGCGCAAGUACGGGCAGAAGCAAGUGAAGGGCAGCGAAUUCCCUCGCAGCUACUACAAGUGCACUCACGCCACCUGCCCCAUGAAGAAGAAGGUGGAGCGAUCACUCGAUGGCCAAGUGACGGAGAUUGUGUACAAGGGAGAGCACAAUCACCCCAAGCCACAGCCGACUCGACGUUUGGCUGUUGCUGCUGCUCAGCUCAUUUCCGACAACGCCAGUGACAGGGCCGAUGGAGAUGAGAAGUGGGGAGGCUUCCAGACUCACGGCGGGGACUAUGGAGUCAAGCACGAGAGGGGCGACGACCCCUCAUCAUCCGUCAGGGGUCGCCCCUCACUCGGUUUCACUCUGGGUCAAAAUGGCACCCCAGAGCCCUCUUCUCCUUCGACCAGCGAAGAUGGAAGCAAGAGCCUGACAGAGGAUGGAGACGACGAGGACGGACCAGACCACAAGCGAAGAAAAAAAGAUAAGCGGGCUGUGAAGGAGCAACUGCCGCCUUCAGCACCCAGAACGAUUCGUGAACCUCGUGUGGUCGUACAAACAACCAGCGACGUCGACAUCCUGGACGACGGCUAUCGGUGGCGCAAGUAUGGCCAGAAAGUGGUCAAGGGGAACCCACAUCCAAGGAGCUAUUACAAGUGCACCAAUCAGGGUUGCCCUGUGCGCAAGCAUGUGGAAAGGGCCUCCAACGAUCCCAAGGCGGUGAUCACCACGUACGAGGGAAAACACAACCACGAUGUGCCUUUGGCACGGAACAGCAGCCACGACAACGCUGGCGCGGGGGGAGGCAAUGCUUCAGCGACCUCGCAAAGUGCAGCGAGCUCGCAUGCCGGGCCAGCUCUGCAACAGCAGCAGGGCUAUGGAAGGAGGAUGUCGGUGUUCGGAAGGCAUCUGGAGGACGGAUCGAAAGGGGACUCGACGGGAGCCGACGUAGACUUGGGAAUGGGAGUGGGAAUGGGGCAAAGUAUGCGGAACAUGGAUGGGAGUGGCGUAGGUAAUAACACAGUAAACGGGGACAUGUCGGUCUCCACUUCGAUCGCGAUGAACUUGCAACAGUCUUUAGGACAGAGGCAAAUGAUGAUGGUGCAGCCCUUCGGCGGAGGGUCGAAUCAGCACGACUCGUUAAGGCCUAAGCAGGAACAAGAUGAAUCGCAUCAUCACAACGGGGGCUUGCAACCCAGCAAUGUGUACCAGCCCCAAAGAGUGUCCUUGGGACCUUGAAGAAGAUGACGCUGCAGAAGAAGAGAAGUCUUGUAUCAUUUUCCAAAGUCACGAGUCAGCUGUAAAAUGUUCAAUACUCGUUUCUACAUCUGUAAGGUCCUGGCUGGGAGCACGAUCGUGCGCUUCAGUAAGAACGCGCACGGUUUUUUGAGAAACGAAUUGUGCCGAUUGUGUGUAAGUAAGAAACCUGAAUCAAACUUUAGUGCUUAGUAGGUAGGUUUGACACAGACUGUACAUUAGCUGGGAUAACUCGUAUUUUCCUUCUUUCUAGGUGGCAGUUAACAUUCUUUGAGCUGAGAUACGAUGUUCAAGGAGCUAGGAGCUUAUCCACUCCUACCAGUUGGGCUGUAUGUAAAGAAAGCAACAUGGCUUGUACACCUGGGCCCUACAUUCAAAAUAAUCUCGUCUACUUUUGCCAGAUUUUUCCUCGAACAAUUUUGCCUCUUGCAGUGUUCUACAUACAAGCGGGGCCCUUUGUAGCAACUUGUCAAGUCAUUGCGGCAGUAGCAGUUUUCCUAAUCGCUCUUCCACAGUCACUGAGUCGUUUUUCCCCUCCUUUCUUCCACUGAGCUUAGCACCGUAGCCCCGUAGUAGCGUCGUCGAGGUAGGUCGUGUUCGGGAGGCCACGAGGAAGAAGGAGGAGGAGGAUGCGAAUCCCCUGCCAAACCAGUUGGUACCGAACUCUCUCGGGGAUAUGAACUCUCUCGGGGAUAUGUACCGCGUGUCCUAGAGAGGGAUUUUCUGGCCUCUUCUUCUCGCCCGGUCCAUGGCGAGCAAGAGCAACAAUCACGAAAUGUUUACAUAUGACUUUCCGGCGCUUUCAGCCGUCAGGCAAUAUUAGGCGUGUGGACCAUUCAUUC